CACAGGACUGUUGUUGGCAGAAUGGCAGGCAACGGCAAAGCAGAGUCAGACUGGGCCUCUGAAGUCAGUGAUAUUCUAAUGUGGGAUAAUGGCUCACAACAAACUGAAAUAACAGGAAAUAGCAAGGCACAGAGCAAUGGCAAAGGGAAGAAGCUUGGAGUCAUGAAAUCUCUAAGAGAAAGCAUCAAGCGAGCUGGAGAAAAGAGCCCUCUUCCUAUGAACAAAAAAGGUAUAAAGUGCAAGACAGAGAUGGCAGAUAUUGGAAAUGAACCUGGUAAUAUGUCGGACCCCCAGAUACAACCUCCAUCUUCACCAAGUCUGAGUAUAGGAUCACUACCCUCCCCCCAGCAGAAAUUAGACUCAGUAGUUGUUUUAGGAGAUGAACCACCUAAGAAGCGACAAACAAGUAGAUGGAGCUUCCGCCUGGGAAAUAGGAAAGAGAAAACAUGCCAACCGGAGCAGCUGGAGGUUGUCACAGAGGUUACAAGAGGAGCAGAAGAAGUUGGAAUGUCAUACACACUACCUGAGAUUCCCCUAUCACCUUUGUCAGUAAUGCAGAUUAAAAAGCUCAUUGACAUGGAAGUAUUGGAAGAGGCCUAUCUGAACCUGUUGUCUUUGCGGCUGGAAUUUCAGCGUGAGAAGGAAGCUCUGGGUGAGGAGGCCUUGCCAUUGGAACUGGCCCAUAAAGAUAAAGAUCUCAGCCUGCUCUACAGUUCCCUAAGGACAAAACUGACUGAUAUUGUGCAGAAGUCAUGUGCUCUGCCCUCCCGCAACAAAGAACUAUUGGUGCAUGUAGCUUGCAUAGUCCAAGAGGAAGAGAAGAGAGAGAGAGAUGUGGGAGGGAUGUUGGGUUGGAGAGAUGUCUGGAGGGCUGCAGUACAGGAAGGAGUGAGGGACACUAUCAGGCAGGUCCACCUGGACAGCUAUGAGCAAAAUCCUUCCUGGCUGGCAGUGCACUUGGGGCUUCUGGGUAAAGCAAUUGUGGCGGACUUAGAGAAAGUAAAGUCCGAACUGCUGAGCUCAUACCCACCAAGCUUUAAUGUGUUUGAAACCUACGUUUCAUCUUGUCAUGAGGUGGUAGGAGAACACCUGAAGAGGCUUUUUGAAAAGUUGAGGGAACUGAGGGAUUACUAUGCCCUUCUGGAUUUUAUUAUUCACCGCUACCCCAGUGAGAAUGUUAUGGGGAGAAUUUCCUUGCAGCCUGAGCUGACAGACGAGCAGAGAGCUCUGAAACUGGAUGGGGUUUUUCUAGAACAGAUCAAAACUGGAUACUACAACUGCUUACAGGUAGAGAUUAGGCUAUCCCUGGAUAAAGUAACUGAGCUGGAAUAUGAGGAGAUGUGGAAAGACAAGAAAACCCCUGAGAUAGAAGAAGGAAUCUACAGUUCCCACAUUGACAUGGACAUCUGGAUGAAUGUUAAAGGGAAAAUCCAGGCAUCCAAGGAUGUGAACCUGGAACAGAAGGCUGUGUACUGCUGUCUUGAGGAGCUGAAGCAAUUUCCUAGACGAUUUGAGGCAGACUUUGUAAAGUACAGUGACACUGUACAGGAUCCCUCCCUAUGGGCUGCAUAUCACAUUACAUACAUCAACAGCUUCAGUGCUUUGAAAAAUCAUAUGGAGAACUAUAAGGAGAGCUGUCCUUACCAGGUGGAACAGUUAGGGAAGGAGGUGGAUGGGUUGGUUCAACGACUGUGGCAGGCUUUGCUGGAAUAUUUCAAAACAGACAUCAAGCCCUUUCUGAGAAUGAUGAUGACAAAAACGUGGCUGACGUCUGAUGAAGACUUCCAACAGCUAGUUAAAAGAAUCAGAACUCUGUCUCAACAGUGCAGACACUGUAGUCCUGAACGUGUUCAGGCAUUUGUGAGUGACAUGCAUUACUCUGUGGUAAGAGGAUAUGUCUCUCAGUUGAUGAAAAACAACUAUACCUGCAAAAACAGGAAGAAUGAAAGAGCAGCCACCAAAAUAAGAGAGCAAUGGGGUGAACUCAAAGAAGUCUUUCAGGAAAUGAAUUCUGUCCACCAUUGGCUCUACCCAGUGGGGGACCACCUGAGCAAGAUCAUUGGAUAUAGAAAUAAGAGUGAAAUAAAGAACAUCCUACAGCCAUUGAUUGAUGACUAUCCAGACAUCAGUAAAAGGCACCUCUCAGCUAUACUGUAUUUCCGUGGAAUGAUCCGAGGGAGAGAAAGACAAAUAAUUCUCCAGCAGUUCUCUAAUCAAAAACAACAAUCCAGGAAUGCUGAAAGUACACAGCAUGCCCUCUUCGCUGACAUCCCGGCAGCAGUGAACACAGACUGCCUAGCCAAUAUGCCUUUCUCCUGUCUCUAUGGCCUUUUGCCAGACAGCUAGGCAUAGAGUAUAUCAUGAAUCAUGAGAUCAUGCACUGUUUUAAUCAAUAUGUUAUGUCUGACACCUAAAUUAAUUUCACUUGGGGUUGCCUGAUGAGCGCCUCAAUUUUGCAUGUUAAUACAGAAAUAAUAUAUGAGGUUUUGAAAUAUGUAUACUGUGAUUUUAGAACACAAAAUAGCUGCCCUACCAUGGUAUAUGUACCACAAAUGGUACAUAUAAAUGCAUAGGAAUUACUCCAUUAUGUCAUAAUCUCCUGAC